CAAAACAAAGUUCACGACCGAACUGCGAGCAGUUUUAAAGAAAUUAUUUAAUAAUAGUAAUAAAAUUAAAUAUGAAAUUAACAUUGCGCCGUUAUUCGUGGCUAGUUGCAUUGCAAUUGGCUCUGCUGGCUGCCGAUUUGUUUUUCAAUGCUUUUGGCUCUUGGCUGUCGCGGGAUAAGCUGCAAACGGCGAUAUUCUUUUUUGUCAUUCAGGACGCGUUCAUUAUUGUUGAAUAUCUGCUGUUCACACUGGCGCUACAUUCGACUUGCGUCUAUCAGGUGGGCGCCUCCCACAUUAUCCUGCGCAAUUGCAAGCUAUUUUUGUUCAGCAUUACGGUAUAUUUUCUGCUGUCCGCCUCACAGCACUCCUGGACUGUCUAUCAGUAUCGUUUGUCUGCCUCAGAAUCCGCUCAGCAAUGGCCGUUGGCCCUCUAUGCCUUAACGGUGCUGCAGCGCCUGAUGUCGGUUUUCUACUACUACACAUCCAAGUCAACAGCUUUGAUUAUGGCCGAUCCGCGCUAUAAGGAGGAACAUCUCGAUUGGAUAGCCGAACAAUUGGGCGACAAGUAAAACAAUUGAGAGAGUUUAGGGGUAUUGUACAUACUUUAGCUAGGUGGCGCGAAUUGUUAAAAUUGAAAUGUAAAGCUCAAGUACAAUUAAUAAAUGUACAAAGCAC